AUGGACGAUGAAAGUGAAGUCGUGGUAAAACGAAUGUUAACACAAAGUGGAGAAGAUGCAGCUGAAAAUGAAAACGGGAUUUUAAAUCUGAUAAAGACAGAGGUAUUCCCAUUUAUAGUCAGCUAUCGACAUUUUUUCCGCGAUGACACCUUUUUAUACCUAAAAAAUUUAAAAAUUUUUAUUAUCGAAAAUAAAUUUUUAAUAAUAUCAAAAAUUAAAUUAAAUUAUUAAUUUUUUAUUAUCGAAAAUAAAUUUUUUAUUAUUUAAAAUUUUUUAUUAUUUUUUAUUUUUUAAAUUUUUUUAUUAUCGAUCUGUGUGAAGAAAACUUGAACAAUUACAUCCAGUGACAAAAUAUUGAUUACCUCUAACAACAUGGCUCAAGAAUGAUCAAAGAAAUAUUAACAGAACUUACAUUUUUACACGAUCGACAGAUUUUGCAUAAAGAUCUAAAACCCCUAAACAUAUUUGUCGACAUUGAAGGUCGCAUGAGAUUGGCCAACUUUGCAAUAAGUCGCGUUCUAAAAGAAGAUGAAGCGACAGACUUCACAGAUCCAAAAGGAACUCCAAACUGGAUGCCUGCAGAAGUAAUUGAAUCAAUAAACCGUAACGAGAAAUGUCGUUUCAAAAAGAAAUCUGAUGUCCAGGUCGCAGGCAUGAUUGCAUUAUUCAUUUCAACCCAAGCUAAACACCCAUUUGGUUUUUCACCUGAUUGCAUGGGCAAUAUCCUGAAGGGAAAUCCAGUAAACUUGGGGAAUCUUGAUGAUCUUCAUGCCCGACAGUUUAUUACAAGGCUUAUUAGUCAUGAAAUUAAUGAUCGACCCUAUGCUCACGAAGCGUUGGAACAUUCUUUUCUCAACAAUAACAGAUAUAAUUUUUGCUAUAUGUGA